GUCCCAGCAGCUCGGGCGGCGGGAGGAGCGGCAGCGGUCAGGCUACUCAGCUUCGCGAAGGCUCUCGGCGCGCCGCGGCCCUCAGGCACCCGGCUCUCGCCCGCCCCGCCGCCACGAUGCCCAAGAGGAAGGUCAGCUCCGCCGAGGGGGCGGCGAAGGAGGAGCCCAAGAGGAGAUCGGCGAGGUUGUCAGCAAAACCGGCUCCUGCAAAAGUGGAAACGAAGCCAAAAAAGGCGGCGGGAAAGGAUAAAUCUUCAGACAAAAAAGUGCAAACAAAAGGGAAAAGAGGAGCAAAGGGAAAACAGGCGGAAGUGGCCAACCAAGAGACUAAAGAAGACUUGCCUGCAGAAAAUGGAGAGACUAAAAACGAGGAGAUUUUCAUCUGCUGAAACGUACAACUCUCAGGUGUACUGUUGAUGAGAACCACCUGUGUAACCCAAACUCCUAUGAAGAUACAGAAAAUCAUCAUCACCCAGAUGUCCCCUCAUGGGUUUUCCUGUUCCACCCUUUUCCCACCCCAGCCUUACCUUAUCUACCAUAGAUUAGCCCAAUGCUUUUGAGUUGUGGUGUUGGAGAAGACUCUUGAGAGUCCCGUGGACAACAAGGAGAUCAAACCAGUCCAUCCUAAAG